AUGGCUUCUAUCCACAACUCUGACGCAGUCAUGACCGACGAGCAGCUUGCUGCCGGGGAUGACACUCUCACCGACCUCGGUGACUAUGUUCUCGAAGAUCUCCCUGACGGCGCCCUGCCGGAGCUUCACGGCGAGCCUGCUACGAAGAAGCUGUGUGGGGAGGGGACCUCCUCCUCUGCUGCCACGGCCCCUUCUUCCUCUCAACCGGUGGCCCCCCCGAGGCCGAGAUCUGCCCCGGGCUCACGCCCUCAGCCGCAAGUGCAGGCGGCCGUGACUGAGCAGGCUGCCGCCGGCUCCGCUUCGAGUUUGGCCCUUACGGUGCGCUACCGCAAUCUGCGCUACCGCAAUCUGCGCCACCACCGUCCCUCUGUUGGGUCAGAGCUUCGGUCACUGACGCGUGACACCCAGUCGCUGGUCACUGUCAUGUUCCCGGAAUGUUCCGAGGAGGUGCGCGAGAGUAUUCUGGCCCGUAUUGCCGCUUCGCUCACUGGUCCGGUGGCCUUCAACGGCGCGGUUCCGCACUACGAUGCAGCUGCUAGUGAUCCGCUGCGCCUGCUGCGUAAGACGUACUUCAGGCACAUUUACGCGUGGCCCUCUGCUUACGAUGCCCGCAUUUUCCGCAGUCUUUUCUCUCUUACGGUGAGGCUGGCCAACAGCCGCCCCAUCGAGGUUAAAGUCUUCAUCGAUCCAUACCCCGAGUACGCGACUGCGAAAGCCCGUGGAGAAACCUACCUGGUUAUGCGGAACGUGCCGCUGGGUGUCACACAGGAGUGCAUGCGCGCAACUCUGCUCGGCGGGGAAACCGAGGACAAGCUCCCGUGGCUUGCGGAUCUGCUCCACUUCCACAGGCUCAAAGACCCAUAUGGCGGCUCGGCAUACUCGCAGAUGCUCGGCCUCCCGGUGGCCGCCGAAGGCGACCCUUCCUUCAAGCGCAUCCCCGCGCAACCACCGAGUGACGGACCACGCCUGUUUCGCACUCACCCGCCGUAA